CUUUUUAUUUAAUUGAUGAUCAUGCAUUAUGCAUUCAUACAAUAACACAAGAAUUAAAAAGUAUACGUUGUGAUGUGGUGAUUGUUAUAAAUGUGUUCAUUUAAUUUUUCGGGUUGGAAUUUUUUUUAUUUCAAUGCCAAACUGCGGAGAAGCCAUCGUUAGACCAAGGAAAAUACAAACCAGACAUUUCAACUUUGAUUUCGUCCAUAUCUCUGCAUACCUGGGAUCCGGAAGUGCAAUCAAGAUGUCGAAAAAGCAUAACUUAUUCAGCAGAUCCGCCUCGCUGCCGUCAAGAUCAAAGAAUGUCCAACUCCUGUUUGGUACUGGCAGCCCUGCAGUAGAUACAGGGUUAUCUGCAGAGGAAAGGGAAAAAAGCAUUCAUGAGGCGUUAAGAGAAAUGAAAAGACUGGCAAUAUCGGCGAAAGACAAAUACAAAAAGGAUCGCAAAAAGAAAACUCGGAGCAGUCAGGAAUACGUUUAUGACUGUCAGACUCUAAUUCAGACUAGUAUACCUAAACUUAAGCAAUUGCUGGGUAUAAACACUCUCGAGGAAGAAAGGGCACGGGAGCAAGUGCUCGCAGAGGAAGAGAACUUCCGCCAGGGCACAAGUAGAGACUUCAGGAAAUGGAACCAAGCAUUUGAAGGAAAGAAAAAGUACGAAGAUGAAAUCAAGAGCCUUCACAAUCAACAUAAAAAAGAGGUUGCUAGUUUACAAAGAGAAAAAGAGGGGAUCUUACAGAGAUUGAAAGAAAUGGAAAAACAGGUAGCGAGUUUAACCGAAGAAAAGGAGACUCUAUUAACAAGACUGAGCCAAGUUGCUGGCGCGCGACUAAGGGACAACAACCCUGGUAUAUCCGACCUGAGCGAUCCGAACCGACCCCUGAAACUGAAUGAGAAGAUAAGCGAGUUGUAUGAUAACGAGUGGACGGAUGCUAUAGAGAACCUGGAAACCGAACAGAGCGAACAAACCGCCAUCGCGAUUCUACUGAACAUUGUUAUGAGGUGUUUCAGAAUGUGUCAAAAUUAUGCCAAAUAUCAACUUACUACCAUUACUAAAGCACUGAUGCUUGAUGAGAAGGUUUCAACAUCGGUAGCAAAAUGCGCAAAAGACGCACAGAAAACCUCUUCCGAAGUGGUAAUUAAUGAAUCAAGUCUGCAUACGAUAGUAUGGAAGGAUAUGGAAUCAACAUUUGGAAAAAUGGCCACUAAAUGUGAACCUUUAAUUAAUAAGUGUGUGCAAUAUUGUUGGUUGAUGUGCAUUCAGGAUCCACCGAUGUGUUUAGUUGACUUUGGAAGAGGACUGGAAUUCAAUAGCAACGAGAUGAGGUCUUUUACAAAAUCUGGAAAAUUUGUUGACUUUGUUGUAUGGCCAGCUCUUUACUUACACGAAGAUGGCCCUUUGCUAUCCAAAGCAGUUGUACAAGGAUCAAAUCAUCCAGCUCAACAAAAUCAACAAACGAACCAGAAAAGGCAACACGAAGAUUCUAUGAGAAGAAAUGAUGGAGAAAAGAUAAAACAUUCAAAACCUGUUCCAAAACAACAGAAAGCAAAUUCACAAACUCGUGGACAUUUGGAUAGAAUGAAUGAUCGUGAUAACCAGUCUUUCAAUUCGGAAACACAAAGACAGCAUCACGACCAUUACGAUGGAGUGUACUAUGAGGGAGGCAGAAUGAAUUCGUGGGAUUAUGAUCAAAGCAAGUAUUACCUUCCUCCUUUGCCAAACAAAGGUGGCCAUUUACAAAGUCGACAAACUAACCCUCCUUACAACCGAAGAAAUCCACAAGGAUCAGAGGUCAGCCCAAGCUAUGCAAACUCUGGAAUUCCACAUACAGUAUACAGAUCAAAGGAAUACCGGUCAGCUACAGCAAAACCGGUUGGACGAGGGCAUUAUAACCCAAGUGCACAUGGCUCUAAGUCAUCUUACGGACAUGAAUAUUACAAUGAAAGAUACAAAGAUCAGGACAGUCAAUAUUCCCAGUCGAAACAAAAUCCCCGCUACGGAAAUUCACAAACUCAGAUACUUCACACUGAAACACAUUCGUACCAAUCUACCGAGUUAUGACUGAGAAAUGUUAAUUCAUUGCAAAAGUUUUAAUUUGGAUGUUAUACAUAUUUAUAUUUACAUGUACAUGUAUACAAAAUUAAGCUGAUUUGAUAAAAAUGAGUGGACCUAAUCUAAGUGUUACACUAUCACAAAAAUGUCUGAGUAUAAAAAUUAAAAAGCUCUCCACAGUCUAGGGAUCACUGAAUUUUUCAUUUUUCUAUUUAAAUUUCCUGUUUUUAGAUAACGCAACUCAAGAACAUUUUAUUUGUAAUAUGGUUGAUUAUAUAUUACGUUUGCGCCAAUUAGCUAUGACGUACUACAGUCUUUUGGACAAAAACUUCACAA